AUGGAGGACGAUGAUGUGCUGCAUGCUUUGGUGAUGAUACGAUUAUUCUUGCAAGUUGCAGCGCCACAACAAGGGGUGGAAGCUUGUUUUUGUACAGUGAGCCCAUACAUGGAUUUGCAGCUAAACAAAACAAAUCCUGCGAAUGCUCCCACAAAUCCAAGAAAUGCAGGAUCAGAGCAAAGGGGGACUAUAGGAAGCACCAUGAAAGUUAAAAUUUUAGCUUUAAUAUGCAAGCUUUUAGCCAUUUGUUGCCUUGCGAUUGUCCAUGGCGUUUCACUGUGGAGUUGUAACAAUCUUAUUUGA